AAGGUAUCAAAUCCCUCCAAAGCUUCGCCUUACCUUUCAUCUUUUUCAAUGGCUGCAACAUCUGCAUCAACACUGACACCCGCUUGGCUUUCCAGAGCAUUAGCAAAUGAUUCUCGCUUUAUCUCCGAAACUGUUUGUUCCACAUUGUCUGAACGAGAAUAUGCUCGCGAUCACAUUCGGACUCGAUCUCUCGUGCCAGAACCACAUUCUACGUCGCUUCUUGCGCGCGGGCAGCAAGCAUUGUCUUCUGCGCUUGGAAAGAUCGAUCCAGCCGCACACUACUCCAUCAUGAUAGCCCACCAUCCAGACAAUAUAGUCGCUAAUCGGUACUCCAAUAUUCAACCAUAUGAUCGGACGCGCGUUGUAGUGGGCGAUCUGAAGGGCAGUCACUGCAGUGUCGGAGCUGAGGGUAGUAAGGGAAGAUAUUUUAACGCAAGCUGGGUGCGGGAGCUGUAUGGCGGGAAGUUAUGGAUUGCUACUCAAGCACCCCUUCCGCGCACAGCACAUGUGUUCCUCAGCGCCAUCGUGCAACCAAUUUCUACUCCUCCAGCAUCUCUCAAUUUUCCCCACAUGCAUACUCCUAGUCGUGUGCGGACCAUCGUUCAGCUCACGCAAAAUAUGGAGAGAGGACGACAGAAAGCUCAUGCCUAUUUUCCCUCCACUCCUGGACAAUCAGUGUUGUCGAACCCAGAUCCGACAAGUGAUGUGCCUGUACUGAAGGUGACGCUACUAGAGAGCAAGCGAAUAAAUGAAGCCUGCUGCGUGCAGAGCAAGGUCUCCAUAGAUGCUGUGGACCAUGGAGUUCCUGAGGAUGAAGACCGAGCUAGCCUUAUCGCUUUCGUUCGUCUUGUGGAUCGCGUUAACAAGGAUACCUCUUCACUCCCAUCAUCUCCAGAGCCAGAUCCAGAUCCUCCUAUUAUGGUCAACUGCUCCGCUGGCAUAGGGCGGACUGGAUCAUUCAUUGCGAUGUCGUCACUGUUACGCGCAUACCAUCUUUUGAGUGGCAACCUGCGCUCAAACACCCUGACACUUCCCCCACAGCCUUUGUCCCCUUUACCUGUCCCUCCGCUGGGUACCCUACCAAAGGAACUUCAGGAAGACCUGAUAGCACAGGAGAUUGACAGCUUACGAGAGCAGAGACCUGGGAUGGUCCAGAGAGAUGAACAAAUUCAUCUCAUUUACGACAUCUUAAACCAAGCCUUUGAAGCCAGAGGUGCUUCUUGAUCAUGCACUCGUUCAGUACAGCCUUCAAUCGUUUACUCCACCACUACGUGGCAGCUCCUUAGAAUACAUGAUGCACCAGCGAUAUCCAUUGGUUACAUCGUAUAUGCUUAUUAGUCUACCGAAAAUGUACUUGCCGCCGGAUGUCGUCCAUCCCAAAUCCAACACCCGCGGCGUCAAUAGACUCUAUAUGUUUUCUUUAAAUUAACUCUACUCAACUUUAAAC